ACCAAUGAAGAACUUGGCAAGAGGCUGCAUUGCCUGCUUUCUGAUAAUGUAAGUAAAGUCAAAGGGAUCCCGUUCAAAUCUUCAGAAAAUCCAGAUAUCCCUGACCACAUGGACUGGAGAAUCAAAGGUGGUGUCACCAAAGUCAAGGAUCAGGGUGGAUGUGGCUCAUGCUGGUCCUUCAGUGCCACUGGUGCUCUGGAAGGGAUGCAUUUCAAGAAGACGGGGAAGCUGGUCUCACUGAGCGAACAAAAUCUUAUUGACUGUUCCGGUGAUCCAGAGUUUAAAGGGUGCCAGGGUAGUCUUAUGGAGAAUGCUUUUGAAACUGUGCGGAAGCGAGGUGGGAUCAAUUCAGAGAAAAGCUACCCUUAUGACAGAACGGAUGGUAUGCCUUGUCGCUAUAAGCCUGAGGAAUCUAUUACCAGAUGUAGCUCAUAUGGAGAGAUCACGUCGGAGGAUGAAAAAAGUCUUCAGGAGGCUGUGGCCAGGAUUGGUCCAGUUUCUGUUGGAAUAGAUGCUGGGAGUAGCAAGUUCGGCUUCUAUAAGUCAGGUAUAUAUAAGGAACAACAUGGUGGAGAAAGACAGAUAAGUCAUGCAAUGCUGAUUGUGGGUUAUAACAACACCAGCGAGGGCAAAGGAUAUUGGAUCCUAAAGAACAGGAGUGUCUUUCAGCUUGGUUUGAAGACAAUACUUCUGAAGUAUUUAGAGAUGGUGGGAGUUGUUGUCCAACUCAUACCGAGGACGUUAGCUGAGGAAGGUGAUCUCCGAGUAGCAUCACCUGAAAAUAGAAUGGGAAGCUUUUUCUUACCUGGAGCACUUCGAUAUUUGAACUCUGUCUUAGCUUUCUGUAAAGAUGGGCAAGGCACCCACAAUAUUCGCAGGAGUGCAUCUGCCUUAUAA